AUGAAUUACACACACCUUGCCCCAAACUCGGCAACCGAGUCGAUAAAAGACCCAUCAACUCAUGAUUUCCAAAGCAGACCGCAAACUCCAAUGGGGCCUGUAGUUGCGAAUAUUGAACCAGGGCGAAAGCCUCGGAAACUUAUUCUUUGCUUCGACGGAACCGGCAACAAAUUUCACGGCGAUGAUAGCGACAGUAACAUUCUCAAGAUCUUUCGAAUGCUAGAUCGUGAAGCGGACGACCAGUACCACUACUACCAACCUGGCAUUGGCACGUAUGUAAUUUCCGGGUCACUUACCCAUACCGGUAUCAAGGCUCGCAUCAACUCUUGGUACCAAAAAGCCAAGGACUCAGCCAUCGGCUCCUCCUUUGAUCAGCAUGUUGUAGGAGGCUAUCGAUUCCUGAUGCGAUUUUACAACCCCGGCGAUGAGAUCUACAUGUUUGGUUUCAGUCGAGGAGCGUACAUCGCUCGCUUCUUGGCCGAAAUGCUCGAUUACAUCGGACUCUUGUCGCACGGCAACGAAGAAAUGGUCAAGUUUGCUUGGAAAGCGUUUGCUCAAUGGCAAGGCCGUGAACAAGUGCCAGAAGAUGACGAAGAAGACUGUAAGAAAGAGCCCGACAAGAAGACCGAAAGGAUAAAACAAAAGAGAGAAGAAAUGUUCCGGUUCAUGAAGGGCUUCCGAGAGACAUUCUCUCGUCCUGUUGGCCGCAUUCGUUUUCUCGGGUUGUUCGACACCGUCAACUCAGUACCCAGCUUUGAGACAGCCUGGAUGCAGCGCAGCAAGUUUCCCUAUACUGCACGAAGUAGCGCUAGAGUGAUUCGUCACGCCGUCAGCAUUGACGAGCGACGAGCCAAGUUUCGCCAGGAUCUCAUGUACCAAGGCCGACCAGCGAAGAACGAGGACAAGCAUUCCCACUUUCACAAAGCCAUGAACGACAUUCGUGAAGAAUUUCACGGGCAUGAGGAGCGAGGGAGAACGGGAAACCAUCUCUCGCCCAACGAUAAGCGAAGCGGGCAAAAGAAGGGAGGAGAAUUUGCCCCGUAUCGAGCUCGUUCCAGGUCAUGUCGAAGACCAAGCCACGCUGGAGAUCCAGAGACCUUCUCCAACCUUUCUGGACUGGCACUUUCCGAAAUCAACAACAUCGACGAUGAUGAGGCUCAGGAUAUCGACGAGGUCUGGUUCUCGGGAGGACACGCCGAUGUCGGUGGAGGUUGGGAGAUACACGAAGGUAGCAAGAGCACAAGUCACAUCCCUCUUGCGUGGAUUGUGAGAGAGGCGCAGAAAGCAGGGCUUCCAUUUGAUAACCAGAAAGUUGCUGAGAUGGGAUGCUGUGUCAAGAACGACUGGGAAGUUGCUACAGGAAGACCUCCCAUUCCUGAUCUUCGAGUUUCGAGUGGCAGCGGAGGCCCAGGCCAUGCACCAGAUAUGCCCAUGGACGAAAAGGAGGACGAUCCUAAAGACAGGUUUCACGGUGUUAUGCACGGCGCUUGCACAGCUCGAAUCCACGACUCACUAGAGUACGGACAAGGCUUGGGCACUAUAGCUGUCACGGCUUGGAAGAUCAUGGAGUACAUGCCCUUCCGCAGAAUGGAUCUUCAACCCGACGGAUCAUGGAAGCCAAUUCGUUGGCCUCUCCCAGGUGGUGAAGUCCGAGAUGUUCCCGAUGCCGUUCGAGUACAUGGAAGUGUCAUUCGCCGAAUGAAGAUGGACGAGAAAUAUCGCCCUGGAAAUCUUAUCAUCGGAGGUGGUGGUCGGGGUGUUAGAAGAGCCCCUGCGAAACACGGUAUUGGUGAUUGGGAAUGUGUAGCUGAUCCUGGUGAUCCGGUUGGUGAGAUUUGGGUGAAAAAGAAGAAGGAUGACAGAUUACACGAUUAA